AUGUUCAACCCAAUGAACCCGCCAGUCAACAACUAUGUGGAACACUGUUACCUUCGGCCGCUCCAUGGGCAGAGCCAACCCAGCAGUAUGGUGGAAGGAAUCAAUGACUUGCCAUAUUACCACCAAGCCAAUUCUAUGGGGAACCACCACACUUAUGGAGUGGCACCUGGGGGUGAACACCCUGCUCAUACCGAUGGUACACGCUUUUCUACACCCCGAAGCACAGCCAAGCUGACAAAGAAGCGAGCGUUGUCCAUCUCCCCCCUUUCUGAUGCCAGUAUUGACCUGCAGACCGUCAUUCGCACUUCACCCAAUUCCUUGGUGGCCUACAUAAACUCCCGCUGUGCCUCAGCCAGUGGUUCCUACGGGCACCUCUCGAUUGGUACUGUCAGCCCCUCCCUUGGAUUCCAGAACCCCAUGGGCCACCAGAAAGUCCAAGGGGUAUCAUUCGGUCAUAACCCACCGAUGGUUCCCUGUGGGUCUCAUGACCACCUACCUGGUAGGACAGGAAUGACGCAUCAUAUGCCGCCACCUUGUGGGAUGCUGAAGCACUGCCAGCUGAAGUCAGAGCCAAGCCUGGGCAGCCCUCUGGAUGCCUUGAGCACCAAGUGCCUGGAGGAGUGUUCGGAGGGUGACAUUUCCAGCCCAGCCUCUACGGGGACACAGGACCCGUUACUAAACAUGCUCGAUCCCCGGGAGGAACUGGAGAAAGAAGAUGGGAAGGUGGAGGCAGAGGCUGUAUAUGAGACCAACUGCCACUGGGAAGGGUGUUGCAAAGAAUUUGACACUCAAGAGCAACUGGUGCACCACAUUAACAACGAGCAUAUCCAUGGGGAGAAAAAGGAGUUUGUGUGCCACUGGCGUGACUGCUCGCGAGAGCAACGGCCCUUUAAAGCUCAGUACAUGCUCGUUGUCCACAUGAGGCGCCACACAGGAGAGAAGCCCCACAAGUGCACAUUUGAAGGAUGCAACAAGGCCUACUCGCGGUUGGAGAACCUCAAGACACACUUACGUUCCCACACGGGUGAGAAACCCUAUGUUUGUGAGCACGAGGGCUGCAAUAAGGCCUUCUCCAAUGCCUCGGACCGUGCCAAACACCAGAACCGGACACAUUCCAAUGAGAAACCCUACGUCUGUAAGAUCCCUGGCUGCACGAAGCGCUACACGGACCCCAGCUCUUUACGCAAGCACGUCAAGACAGUGCACGGGCCGGAUGCUCACGUCACCAAGAAGCACCGCGGGGAUACCGUGCCCACCAGCCGGAUGCUUGCCCUCCACGGAGACAUGAAGCAAGAGAGGGAUAGUGAAAGCAGGAAGGAAGAGGGCAAGCUAAUGGUGCCCGACUCGAACUUGAAAUCGCAGCCCAGCCCGGGGGCUCAGUCGUCGUGCAGCAGCGAGCGCUCUCCCUUGGGCAGUGCAAACAACAACGACAGCGGCGUGGAGAUGAACGCAAAUGCGGGUGGCAGCUUGGAGGACUUGUCAGCGCUGGAGGAACCAUCAGAGCCCAUGGGUACUUCGGGGCUGUCCACCUUGCCCAAGCUGGAGAACCUACGCAUUGACAAACUCAAGCAGAUGCGCAAGCCCAUGUCAGGAAAGGGAGUCAAAUUGCCAUCUCUCCCUGGAGGAGGCCCCCCAAGGGAGAUGCCGGGCUUGUGCGGGCCGCCCUCCGCCGUCUCGCACCGACGCAUCAUAGAGCUGACCUCCAGCGAUGUAAACUCCCUGCACCCCCUACCAGGGGAACGCCGUGGUAGUACCACCAGCACCGUCAGUUCGGCCUAUACCGUCAGCCGACGUUCCUCCAUGGUGUCACCGUAUCUGCCGUAUUUGCCAGGUGGGGGGGACCCUAAUGGGCUAGGCCCCCCUGAUGGGUGUGACCUCAUCUCUCCGGAUGCCUCAAGGCGCUCCAGUGAUGCCAGCCACUGUGGAGGUCUUCCAGCUCUGGGUAGCCUGACGCCAGCCCAGCAGUACCGUCUCAAGGCGAAGUAUGCUGCAGCAACAGGUGGGCCUCCUCCGACCCCUCUGCCCAAUAUCGAAAGGGCUGGUCAGCCUGGCUUUGUCGGGGAUUACUCGGGCUCGGUCCUACCUCCUUUCAUGCGGAGGCACAGCGCCAACGAGUAUCACAGUUACAGCACCGGUACGCUCCUCCCGCCUCUUGUACCCAACCACAACACCCGCCGAGCCAGCGAUCCCUCCCAGACAGUGGGUGAGGUUCACCCAGCCCCCAGGGUGCAAAGGUUCAAAAGUCUCAGCAACAUGAGUCCUGCUGGCAUGGGCAGAGGCAGUGGGCAGGCUAUGGGAGGGUCUGAAGCCAACCUGCAGCGCCACCUCUUCUCACCUCGGCCACCGAGCAUCAGUGAAAAUGUCUUUUUGGAGACGGCGGCCAUGGAGAGCAGCGGCCCAGCUGUAGAGCCAGAACUGCUCGAGAUAGACCCUUACCUUGGCUACCAGGAACCAAACUAUCUCUGCCAAACAGCGGGCAUGGAACUCCAGAGUGACAUGGCCCACAGGGGCACCCCCAGGGCAAUGGCCGACUUGCAGAUGAGUCCGGCAAACCACGGGCAGCUCGAGGGCAGCUUUGAGCAGCCAGAUUACAUCCCGCCUCUAUGCCAGUUGAACCCGGCAUUCCACGCAGCACGGCAGUGGGAUGGCACCAGCUCAGGGAUGAAUCCCCCACCCCCUGCAGGCAUGGGGCAGUGCCACUCUGCCCAGUACUCCGUCCCUGAUGCCAAGCACAUGGGAACAGAGCCUGGCAGCAAAGGCCAGCCGGGGACGUUCCAGUUUGGCCAGCCACACAUCAAAGCUGAGCAGCCGUUCCAAGCGGCCACUCCAGCCCUCGCCUCCUGCCAAGGCAUGAAGCAGCUGCCCUACAGCCCAGCGCAACCUAUGUGUGGAGGCAGCGAGUACCCACCUGAGAGCCAGCAGGGCCCUUGCUUUGGCGUGGGGCAACCCCCCGGCAGGAGAUCCCAGACCCCAAUGCUGCAAGUAAAGGAGAUGAUGGUGCGGAGUUACGUGCAGUCCCAGCAAGCUCUGAUGUGGGGGGAGCAGCCAUCGGGCGGCGAUGUCUUGAUGGGGGUGGAUGGAAUGGAGAGCGGGCAGUGCCAGCCGCACCAGCCUUACCCUGGUCCCAAGUACCCCAACUGCCCUGCCAGGGCCCCGCAGGCAAUGGAGAACAAAGCACUUUCAAGUCCCAACAGCCAGUGUUACAACCCGGGGAUGGCCCCUCACCCGCCCAGCGGACCGAAGCCACUGAUUCGGCAAAGCAGCCUGACUUAUCAAGGCAGCCCCUCGUACGAACCCUCCAGCGAUGCCAGCCCUCGCCGGAUGAUGCGCUUAUCCCCUCUCCACGGACCCGAGGAAGCCUGUUACUCCAGCCAAAUCCACAUACACCUAGGCAAAGCGACUGGGCACAAGCUGAUGGGCGUCCACCAAAGGCAUCACCCACCGCCCAGCUGUGUGGCUGAGGACCCAGGUGGGCCCUACCCCCCCGGGCUGGAUGCCCUGAGGUCCGACUCUUUCUCUUACCUGCCAGAGGAACAGGUGUCCAACAGCUUGGACACUCUGGACUUAGAGAACACCCACUUGGACUUCACGGCUAUCUUGGAUGACGCAGAGGUCAUCGGGCCCAGUUCCCCACCUGGCGGCCCGGCUAACAUGGCGGUGGGAGAUAUGAGCUCCAUGUUGAACUCGCUGGCUGGGGAAAACCAGUUCCUUAACACCCUGUCCUAG